AUGUGGAGGAAAGUUUUUUCUCUGCUUCCAAACAGAGCCUUUUCCUCCAAUCCUGAAAUUCCAACCCUUUACUCCUUUCUCCAACCCUCCAUUUUCGCCCUUAAGAGAGACCCACCUCUUCCCUCCACCAAGCUCCCUACUCAACCCCCUAAAACCCUAAACUCAGACACCGUAACCUCUCUAGAGACCACUCUCCACAAAUCCCUCCUCACCGAUGACACUGAUGAAGCUUGGAAGUCCUUCAAGGCUCUCACGAGUGGCUCCGCCUUCCCAAGUAAGUCUCUCGCCAAUUCACUAAUUUCCCAUUUGUCUUCGCUCAAAGACGUUCACAAUCUCAAAAGGGCUUUUGCCUCUGCCGUUUAUCUAGUUGAGAAAAACCCAGGACUGUUAGAGUUUGAAACAGUUGAAUCUCUUUUAAACUCGUUCAAAUGUGCCAAAACUUCUGCCCCUGCUUUUGCUUUGAUCAGGUGCAUGUUCAAGAAUAGGUUUUUCGUUCCCUUUAGUGUUUGGGGAAAUGUGCUCGUUGAAAUUAGUAAAAAACAUGAGAAUUUCCCGGCCUUUUUGAGGGUUUUCGAAGAAACUUCUAGGAUUGCUCUGGAUGAGAAAUUGAGGUUUAUGAAACCCGACUUGUCAGCUUGCAAUGCGGCGCUUGAGGGCUGUUGUCAUCAGCUAAAGUCAGUGAUUGAAGCUGAGAAAGUUGUCGAAACAAUGUCGGUUUUGGGUGUUCGUCCUGAUGAAAGCAGUUUUGGUUAUCUUGCUUAUCUGUAUGCACUUAAGGGUCUUGAGCAGAAAAUAGCUGAGUUAAAGUGUUUAAUGGUUGGGUUUGGUAUUUCCACUAAAGGGCUUUUUAGGAGUAAUUUGAUUAGUGGGUAUGUGAUGUCUGGUAAUUUAGAUUCUGUUUCAGCUACUAUUUUGUGUGGUCUGGGAGAAGGUGGAGAAAGCUUGAAUCUAGGUGAAGAAACCUAUUGUGAAAUUGUGAAAGGAUUUCUUCAAAAUGGUGAAGUCAAAGCUUUAGCUACUUUGAUUAUUGAAGCUCAGAAGCUAGAGACUUUUACUGUUAUAGUUGAUAAAUCUGUUGGGUAUGGUGUCAUUAGCGCCUGUGUUAAUAUUGGAUUAUCAGACAAAGCACACAGCAUUCUGGAUGAAAUGAAUGUUCAAGAAAGCUUCUUGGGGCUUGGUGUUUAUUUGCCAAUUUUGAAGGCUUACUGCAAAGAACAUCGAACUGCUGAAGCCACUCAGUUGGUCAUGGAUAUUCGGAACUCGGGGCUUGAGUUGGAUGCGGGAACAUAUGAUGCUCUUAUAGAAGCAUCCAUGUCUAGUCAUGAUUUUCAGUCUGCUCUUACUUUGUUCAGGGACAUGAGAGAAGCAAGAGUAUCUGAUUUGAAGGGCAGUUACCUUACCGUAAUGACAGGAUUGAUGGAGAAUCAUCGGCCAGAGUUAAUGGCAGCUUUCCUAGAUGAGGUCGUUGAGGACCCUCGAGUUGAAGUUAGUACCCAUGAUUGGAAUUCAAUAAUUCAUGCCUUUUGUAAGGCUGGGAGACUAGAAGAUGCAAGGAGGACUUUUAGAAGGAUGAUAUUCCUGCAGUUCAAACCAAAUGAACAGACAUAUUUAUCUUUGAUUAGUGGUUAUGUGUCUGCUGAGAAAUAUUUCAAUGUUUUGAUGCUUUGGAAUGAAGUAAAGCGAAAUGUUUCAAUUGAUGGCGAGAAGGGGAUUAAAUUUGAUCAGACCUUGGUUGAUGCCUUCCUCUAUGCUCUUGUCAAGGGAGGUUUUUUUGAUGCAGUUAUGCAAGUUGUUGAGAAAUCUAAGGAGAUGAAGAUUUUUGUGGAUAAGUGGAGGUACAAGCACGCAUUUAUGGAAACCCACAAGAAGCUUAAAGUGUCAAAGUUGAGGAGGAGGAACUUUAGGAAAAUGGAAGCACUUGUUGCUUUCAAGAAUUGGGCUGGCUUAAGUGCAUAAAGAGCAACAAGCCUAGAGCUAUCCAUUAGCUAGCUCCUACCUAUGGUUCAGGCUCUCUAACAACAAACCAAAAGGGAAGUUAUGAGACUAGAACUUGAAAAAUCACACCCUUUAGAUUUGUUUCACAUGGCUGAAUAAGCUCACAAGCUAUUCAUUUCUUGAUCCAUUUGUCUCAAUUUUCAGGUGCUGAGAGACCUUACAUGUCUGUUGAGGAGGAUUUUUAAAGUUAAGUUGGCUUGGUUUCCAUACCAAAAACUGAAAGAUUUCAUUACAUAUGAAUGAAGAGGCCAUGUAGUUUUCUAAUUUGAAACAUUAGAAAAUAUUUUCAGACGAUGACUCGUGUGUGUCUAUGAUGAAAUAAUUGGUGGUCUUCUCGGUUCAAUCUGAAGGAAUGUUAACCAGGUCCAAAUUUGGUACCCGGAAUUAGUAUUGCUUGGAAAUUUUCUUCAAUUGUUGAAACACUUAAAAGCAGAGACAAAUCUCUUCCAUUUUCGCUGUUAGCUUCUCAUACUCAGAAAAAAAGAACUGCCUUGUUCAAAAUACACACAUGUUUUGCGUUUUAUUUUUUCCCCUUGUAUCAAUAUUUACAUAAGCUAUAAUAGAAAAUAUUGAAAAUUUUGUAAUUUCA